AUGGAGAGAUUGCAGCGAAUCUUCGGCGCCGGUGGCGGUUUGGGUCACGCAUCGCCUGAUUCUCCGACUCUCGAUACGUCGGAGCAAGUUUACAUCUCUUCUCUCGCUCUCCUCAAGAUGCUCAAGCACGGAAGAGCUGGGGUUCCUAUGGAAGUCAUGGGAUUGAUGCUUGGUGAGUUCGUGGAUGAAUACACUGUUAGAGUUGUGGAUGUUUUUGCCAUGCCUCAGAGUGGAACUGGUGUUAGUGUGGAAGCUGUUGAUCAUGUUUUCCAGACUAAUAUGCUCGACAUGCUUAAACAGACUGGAAGACCUGAAAUGGUGGUUGGUUGGUAUCAUUCACAUCCUGGAUUUGGCUGCUGGCUUUCUGGGGUCGACAUUAAUACCCAACAGAGUUUUGAAGCUUUGAACCAGCGAGCUGUAGCAGUGGUGGUAGAUCCGAUUCAAAGUGUGAAGGGAAAAGUGGUGAUUGAUGCUUUCCGCUCGAUAAACCCACAGACCAUUAUGCUUGGGCAAGAACCCCGUCAAACAACAUCAAACCUUGGACAUCUGAACAAACCCUCGAUCCAGGCCUUGAUUCAUGGAUUGAACAGACACUAUUACUCAAUAGCCAUCAACUAUAGGAAGAACGAGCUGGAGGAGAAGAUGUUACUAAACCUCCACAAGAAGAAAUGGACAGAUGGUCUGACGCUAAGACGCUUUGACACUCACUCCAAGACAAACGAACAGACGGUCCAGGAGAUGUUGAGCUUGGCUGCUAAAUAUAACAAGGCGGUUCAAGAGGAGGACGAGUUGUCACCGGAGAAACUAGCGAUCGUGAAUGUAGGAAGACAAGACGCAAAGAAGCAUCUGGAAGAGCAUGUUUCCAACUUGAUGUCAUCCAACAUUGUUCAGACAUUAGGCACCAUGCUCGACACUGUCGUCUUCUAG